AUGAACCCCAGUUCUCCCUGUGAGGGCCAGAGCCCUGAGGGUGACCCUCCAGAAGAUUGGUUCCACCUCUCCACCGUGUCUCUGGGAACUCAGGGCUCUUAUGGAAGCCAGGAUGACCCAGAGGAACCUGAGGAGAGAGGCAGACUCAAGUCCAAGUUGGUGUCAGCAUGGAACAAUGUCAAAUAUGGUAUGUGUGCCUAGAACCUUUUUGACCUAACAGUGACCAGUCACUUACUGUUGUUUGUCAUUUUAUAGUUUGUUUUCCUUUGCCCAUCCAGGCUGGUCAUUCAAGUCAAAGGCCCGCUUCAGCAAGACCUCUCCUCUGACCAUGCUUGGACAGUCUUAUUUGCUCAGUCAUGGAGGUGAGAGAUGUCCUGUUGGUUGGGUAACUCCACCCUUUUAAAAAGGGUAAACUGGUAUGUAACUGUAUUUGAGACAAUUCUAUAUUCAAGGCCAGUGUCUGUCCUGUGUUUUGUCAGUGGAGAGGGAGUGCUUUCUCCGGGCCUUUGCCACUCUGCUGUGGCUAACGUACAGGCGGGGCUUCCCACAGCUGGAUGGUUCUUCUCUGACCACAGACAGUGGCUGGGGCUGCAUGCUGCGCAGUGGACAGAUGCUGCUGGCACAGGGGCUGCUGCUACACCUGCUUCCGCCAGGUAAUAUAAAAAACACACUUGUGCACGUGGGACACACACAUACAUACAUACAUACAUACAUGUUUCCAGCAGCAUCUCAAAGUAUCUCCUGAGUAACACACUACUACAGUUUAUCAGUACAUAGCCUUGUCCCUCUCUAUUGUUGCCAGGCUGGACCUGGCUCUCUGCCCACCAUGUGUUCAAAGAUGACAUGGAGGUACAGGAGUCUCGCUCCUUGGGUCCAGAGGUGACUAAGAAGGGAAGGAGGAAGAGCAUAGCAUCCUUCCCGGAGAGCCGGACUGACGUCACUCACAGACGGGUGGUGUCCUGGUUUGGGGACCAUCCCAUCGCCCCGUUCGGGCUGCACCAGCUGGUGAAACAGGGCACAAGCUCAGGGAAGAAGGCGGGGGACUGGUACGGCCCCUCCAUCGUAGCACACAUACUUCGGUGAGAACUUAGAAGAAGCUAAACCUGCCCUCUCCCCCCCCCAGCCAUCUGCAUUCAGGACAAUACAUCUUCCCUUAGUGAUGUGGGGUAUCUGUUUGUUUUAGUAAGGCUGUUGAAGCAGCAUCAGCAGAGGUGUCCAAUCUGACAGUGUAUGUAGCACAGGACUGCACUGGUGAGUGUUCCCUUGUUAUCUCAUUCUCACUAUUUGGCAGGGUGCCCAUCAGACUAGUAAUAGAUGGUAUCAUUAUGUGGUUCCUGUCCCUGUGUAGUGUACAUAGAUGACGUGGUGAGAAUGUGUGAGCGACCUCUAUCUGAGGGCUCCAAAGGACCCAGUCCAGCCUGGAAGUCUGUCAUCAUCCUGGUCCCUGUGCGCCUGGGAGGAGAAGUCCUCAACCCCACCUACAUCAAAUGUGUCAAAGUAUGUGUCAAAUCAGAGUAACAUGCUAGAGACAUGCACACAGACACUGACAACCACAAAACACAGUGAGAGAUUGGUAAAUCAUGCUUGUGUUUUUAUCUAUCCAUAGAACCUCCUGAGGUUAGAAUGCUGCAUUGGAAUCAUCGGCGGCAAACCCAAGCACUCUCUGUUCUUCGUUGGGCAUCAAGGUAGGUGUAUGGUCUUCCUGUUGUCAAUCUGUAUUUUACAGUCCUUGUACCCUCACUCUGACCAUGCUCAUGUUUCCUGUGCUAGACGAGCAGCUGUUGUACUUGGAUCCCCACUACAGCCAGUCCACAGUGGAUAUCACACAGGAUAACUUCCCCUUAGAGGUAAUGGAAGGUGCUCUCUUCCUGUUUUGGCUGUCUGUGUUUGCAAACCCUAUACAUUAUUCUAUAUCCAUGACACUUGCCCAGCUUCUAGACCGAGAUUGUAUCUCUUUCUGGGGCCUUGUUCUCCCCUGCAGUCGUUUCACUGUAAGUGUCCCAGGAAGAUGGCCUUCAGUCGCAUGGACCCCAGCUGCACUAUAGGCUUCUAUGCCAAGAGCCAGAAGGACUUUGCGUUACUGUGCUCAGCUGUUAGCACGGUAUGUGGGGCACACACACACAGGCACUAUUACUGCUACUAUUUAUUAUUAUUUAUCUUUUUGUGUAUAUAUUUCCAAACAUUAAAAGUGUUAUUUUGUUACUACUUUGUAUUACUUAUUGUGUAUUAUUAUUUUUUACAAAUGGGUAUUGCACUGUUGAGGAAAGCUUGCAAGUAAGCAUUUCACUGUACCGUUUACACCCUGUGCAUGUGACCAAUAAACUUUGAUUUUAUUUGUGGUGUCCUGGUCAGGGGAAUAGGCUGGCUAUGGAUUUGAACCCUGGACAAGAUGCUGGUGUUUACUCUUGAGUGAUCAAAUAUGCAUAUAUGAAGAGUACGCUGAAUAACUGGUGGAGGACAUGUUUUAGUUGCAAGGAGCCAAGUACAUUUAUUGCUUUUCCAGUAUGUCGUAAUACAGUCAUGCCCAUUGGUUAAUGGUUACAUUGAGAUGAGGGGAAAUAUAAGAGCUCUCCUAGAGAUGGUUCUCUCAUUCAUCUCUUUCUCUUCCCCAGGCUCUCUCGUCAUCAACAGAAAAGUACCCCAUCUUCACCAUUGCAGAGGGUCAGGGACAGGAUGGGGGGCAGGAGGAUGAGAGCGAUGCACCCCCAAACUCUAUCACCCACAUCCUGACAAAGGACAAGGAGAGGCUGAGAAGGACCAAUACCAGCAACAGCAUGGAUGAGUUUGUGUUAUUGUGA